AUGAAUGAAGUCAAUUUGAAGCUUCAAGGGAAUAAGAUGAACUUUAUUAAAGCCAAAGGAAUAAUUUCCUCAUUCAUUUUUAAAUUAGAUCUUUACAGAACAAACAUAAAUCGUCAAGAACUGAUUCAGUUUCCGAAUCUCAAGUCAUGUUCAGACGCAAAUGGUUUAAUUCCAGAAGACAAAAUUCUAAUUUUCACUGAUCAUAUUUUGCAGCUCAAAAAAGACAUGAAAUCAAGAUUUCAAGAUCUACUUGAGUUACAAAUCUGUAAUUGGAUUUUAGAUCCAUUUUCGUUUGAAUCUGUGGAAGAUCUCGAACUUCAUUUACAAAUGGAAUUUAUCGAUCUUAAACACGACUGUGAGGCACAACUUGUUUUUAAGCAGGUCGGUUACGAGCUUGCCUGGAUCAAGCUUAAAGACACUUAUCCACAACUAUGGCAACAAGUUAAAUCGUUGCUUCUCUCUUUACCGUCAACGUAUCUAGUUGAAAAAGGAUUCAGCGUUGUUGUCCAGCUUUUGACGAAACAAAGAAAUCGGUUGGACAUUUGCAACAAAGGUGAUCUACGUUUAGCUUUGACCAAUAUCAAACCAGACAUCGUUAAAUUAGCAGCUACUCAUCAGGCUCAAGGCAGUCAUUGA